CCAAAACCUAUAAAUAAAUACCAAAGUAACUCAAUUUGCGCUACCGUCGAAUAACCACUCUAACCGCCACCAAUGGAUGCCAAGAUCGGAAGUCUCUUCGAGUCCAUCGGAAACUUCUUCUCCGGCGGCGAUCAGAUCCCUUGGUGCGACCGCGAUGUCAUCGCUGGAUGUGAGAGAGAAGUUGCAGAGGCUUCUAAUGGUGAGUCUGAGGAGCGGAAGCAUGAGAGCAUAAUGAGGUUGUCAUGGGCACUUGUUCAUUCAAGGGAAAAGGAAGAUGUUCAGCGCGGGAUCGCCAUGCUUGAGACUUCACUGGGCAAUGAUAAAAGUCCUUUGCAACAACGUGAGAAGCUUUAUCUUCUGGCUGUUGGAUACUACAGGAGUAAUGAUUAUGGUAGGAGUCGGGAGCUUCUGGAGCAAUGUUUAGAGAUUGCACCUGAUUGGAGGCAGGCACGGUCCCUCAAGAAAGCAGUUGAAGAUCGGAUUGCUAAAGAUGGUGUUAUAGGAAUUGGCAUCACUGCAACAGCAGUGGGACUAAUAGUUGGCGGCAUUGCUGCAGCAUUGGCCCGGAAGAAUUGAGAAUCUUCUUAAUAACAUGCUUGCAUAUUGCCCCUGCUAUUUUCUUUUCUUCGGGGAAACAUGUUAACGUCAAAUGGAAAUAAUCCUCUAUUGACAAUUACAUCUUUCGAACAUUUUUAAUUUAUUGAAAGGAGCAUUUUUACAGAAGAGCUGAAUUAAAAAUUCCCAGUUCAAAUGCAGCUCUUUAUUUUCCUUUUGAAUUUUCUGGAUCAGACAUGUUCUUGGCCUUUGUUUUGUUGUGGUGCAUUGGAAGCAUUUAGUCAAUUUGUGAUACUCUUUGACCAGAGAAACAAAACAAUCGCUGACACCAUCAUCAAUCAAUCAGAGAAUAUUCACUUGUUCCUGAGAUCAAUAUCUCAUGAUCUUUAUUGUUUA